AUAUAGACAGCCUGCCUGGAAUCUAUCCUUUCACAUGUUUUCAUCUCUCAAAUUUUAUAUCUAUUUCAACCACAAAAUCCGCUCCUCUUUCUUUCCCUGGUAUCUCCUUUCUGUUUUAGCUGACAAAUGUCGAGUGAAUCUGUUUGCAUGGAGGAAAGCUGGGAUCUGCAAGCUGUGGUAAGGUCAGGAUGCAGUACUAAUUAUCAAGAGUUUUCCAACAUCAUGAACAACCCACCUUCGUUAUUUGCUCCUCUGAGUUUUGAUCAACACGAGCUUUUAAAUUCCCAAGAAACUUAUGAAACCCCAACUGAUUUUGAUGAACUAGAUGGCCUUUACAGGCCCUUCUACCCUGUGUUGCACCAAACCCUUAAUUCCUCACAAAACAAUAUCCUUGGUACCUGUACCAACACCACAUCCAUGUCUGUUCGCAAAGAAGUAAAGGAGCGACAAAAGGUGCAGAAAAAGAAACCUCUUUCUGAACCUGCUACCUGUCCAAAUAGUAGUAAUAUUGAUGCCACUAGUGCAACCAAAUCAAAAAGGAGGGAGAAUCAGCACAAAAGAGUGGUUCAACAUGUGAAAGAAGAUGGCCUCUCUUCUGACAUGUGGGCGUGGCGCAAGUAUGGGCAGAAACCCAUCAAGGGAUCCCCAUAUCCAAGGAGUUACUAUAGAUGUAGCAGUCUAAAAGGAUGUUUGGCAAGAAAACAAGUGGAAAGAAGCAGUACAGAUCCAUCAAUAUUUAUCAUAACCUACACAGCUGAGCACAGCCAUGCCCAUCCUACUCGAAGAAGCUCACUCGCUGGUAGCACCCGAAUUAAGCGUGAUGCUAUUAAAGGAACCACUCCCAACAUUGAGCCCAACAUGCCAACAAUCAAAGACCAACGUUCGCCGAAUUUCGAUGGGCUUAUCUCUCCAACAACCCCUUCAAUGACUUCCACUGAAGAUGAAUUAGUGCAAAACCUGAGUAUUAAGAAUGAGGAAUUAUUAGAUCAAGGGCAGAUUUUGGAAGGAAAUGAAAGCAAAGAAAUUUCCUUGCCAGAUUUAGUAUUCAGCGAUGAUUUAUUUCCAACUUUAGAGGAUUUGGAAGGGUUUCUUUUGGAUCACUAAUUUGCAGAUGCAGUUCCCUGUUGAUCAUUUAAUAACUCAAUGGGAAGCUACACCAAUGAAGCUCCAGUUUAUUUUCAUUUCCGUUUUUGUUUUUGUUGCAAUUUCAGUUUUUUGCAUAUUCUGUCUUAAAACACAAGAUUUCAAGAUAUCACAGAAAGGUACAAAGUUGUAUAUGAGGAGAUUACGUAGAUUUUGGUUGCUUUCUUAUGGCAUAAAAAAAUAAAGAUGAAGAAGAAAUUGUGCUUGGUUGUGUCAUAGAA